GACCGAUUCGACUGGCUGUGCGUGUGAGUGUGUUAUUCCUCGGCGUUCGAUUAUUUUUAAUCAUCAUCAUCAACACCGUAGUGAGCAAGCAACAACAGCAGCAGCAGCAAAAACCACGAGCCUGCAAAUCGAACUCCUGUGAAUCUGCACUACUAUCGACACGACUUCCGAGAGGAGGAAAUAUCGCAAUCCGGUCCGACAUCUCGCUUUGUCUGUGAUUGAGGAAAAGUCGAGAUACUGGAUCCUAACACACAACCGUGAAAAUGAAUCGGGAGUACGAUCAUCUGUUCAAACUCCUCAUCAUCGGAGACAGUGGUGUUGGGAAAAGCAGUUUGCUGCUCCGAUUUGCCGAUAACACAUUCUCUGGUAAUUACAUCACCACCAUAGGCGUGGACUUCAAAAUCCGCACUAUAGAGGUGGAUGGGGAGCGUGUUAAACUUCAAAUCUGGGACACGGCUGGCCAAGAACGCUUCAGGACGAUCACAUCAACGUAUUACAGGGGGACGCAUGGUGUGAUUGUAGUUUACGAUGUUACGAAUGGCGAGAGCUUCGCAAACGUCAAACGUUGGUUACACGAGAUUGAUCAGAACUGCGACGUGGUCAACCGAAUACUCGUUGGGAACAAAAACGAUGACCCGCAGAGGAAGGUCGUGCUCACCGAAGACGCACAGGCGUUCGCCGAUCGUAUGAACAUCGAGUUGUUCGAGACUUCCGCUAAAGACAACUUCAAUGUCGAAGAGAUGUUUAAUGCAGUGACGAGGAUGGUGCUCAAAACCAAAAAAGAGGAACUUCGCGAUAACCUGAUGACAUCGAAAAAUGAUAACGUCAGGUUACGGAAGAAUCAGAAGGGCAAGAAAGGAAGCAAGUGCUGCUCUUAACCUACUGACAGUGUGAGCAUCAUCAGUACGAGCGGAAAUUUCCAAUUCAAACCAAGUCCAUGUCACCUCUCGGAGCUCUUCGUGUCGGGACGCCCUCUCCGGAGUCCUCAAUUUAAUUGUCGUCUUGGAAGGGGAAGAAUAUUUAUGGGAAAACGCAGGGAUACGACACGGGCCACGAAGCUCCGGACCGACCUCGCGAGAGAAAUCACACACCAUAUCCGCUCAGAACACAUGGUCGUGGGCACGCAUCAUCGUAGAGAUGUGGCGAAUUCGAAAAAGCAAGCCUCCGUUUUCGGGCGAACAAAUUAGCCAAACGAACACUGGUGCUCAUUCGGAAAAAGCGGAGGACUGAAGAAAGUCGGGCGCAAUUCACAGAAUGUAGUAAAGGAUCACGAGCUACGAGAGAAAUUCCGGAGCGGAUUUUAUUCUUUCGAAAUUUUGUGCAGAUCGGUCUCUCGAGAAAUUAUCUCGUGACUCGAACAGGCGUUACUUUCUUCAAUAGAUCGAUGUGAGCGAGUCAAAUGUGUCUGCGAAUACCUGAAACCUUACUGGUAGGGCGCUCUCCUUCACUGUGUUUUAUGAAUGAUGUCGAUGGCUCACUAUUCAGCAUGGGUCGUUCUCCUUGGGUCAUUUCCUCCUCUAAUCCGAUCGAUGCAUCGGUCUCCGUGAUGAUUUCCACGAACAACUGACCUGGACGAUUGUCCAGUACCGACCGUCGAAGUUCUCUCGAGUGGCUCGAUAACUGCAGAUAGAACAUUUUUGCGAAAAUACUCUCGCUCCUCACGGUAUGCGCGUCGCGAGUUU